AUGUCAAGACAAAAUUUAUAUCAAUACUAUUGCAUGCUAUCAGGUGCUCGAUCUGUCAUAAAAGGAUCUGGUAUUGUUGCUAAGGAAUCUCUAUCGACUUGGGUCAAUACCUCUACUCUAACGAGACCGAUACUGAAUCAAUUUCAAUGGUUUCAUGAUCCAAAAUGGGAACAGGCAAAAACUCUGUCUAAUACAAUAAGAUAUGGUGGUGGGAAGAUUAAUAUAAGACAAUAUUCUACUCAAAGAAGCGUUAAGAAAAAUGACAGUGACGAUACAGUUGAGUCUGGAAAAGUCCGCAUAUUGGAGAGUUCAGAGGUCCCGACCUCUAGGAUAUCUCGUUUGUUUCAUUACGGUUCAUUGGCAGCUAAUGUCGGUGCCAACAUCGCUGUCAAGAGUAUAUCAGAGGCCUCGAGAGGAAAUAGACCAUCAUGGAAAUCAUUAAUCCUUUCUGAAUCUAAUAUUGAAGCUAUAGUGAAGAAGUUCUCGAAAAUGAGAGGUGCUGCAUUGAAAAUAGGGCAAAUGAUGUCAUUCCAAGACGAUAAAUUAUUACCAAAGGAAUUGUAUGAAAUUUUAUCUAGGGUGCAAAACAGUGCAAACUAUAUGCCCCAAAGACAAUUGGAUAGAGUUAUGAGAAAAGAAUUGGGUUCCGAUUGGGAGACAAAAUUUUUUAAAACUUUCAAUAAGACACCUUUAGCUGCAGCUAGCAUUGGCCAAGUACAUGAAGCUGAACUGAAGAAUGGAGAUAAAGUAGUUGUAAAAGUACAGUACCCAGGAGUAAAGGAUUCUAUUGACUCUGAUUUGAAUAACAUAUUGAUGCUGUUAACAGCCUCUAGAUUAUUGCCAAAGGGUUUGUUUCUUGAUAAGACAGUAGCCAAUGCAAGAAGAGAACUAAAAUGGGAAUGUGAUUACAAAAGAGAAGCACUUGCAUUGACAAAAUUUAGAGAAUUAGUUAAAAAUGAUUCUGCAUUCGUGGUUCCAAAAGUAUACGAUGAAUUGACCACAGAAGCUGUUUUAACCAUGGAAAAAUUAGAAGGUGCUGAAAUAAUGAAAUUACCAAACGAUAUUCCACAGUCGUUAAGAAACUUUAUUGGUGAAAAUAUAAUGAGACUGUGUUUGAAUGAAAUUGCUACUUUUGAGUUCAUGCAAACCGAUCCUAACUGGGCUAAUUUCUUAUACAAUAAGAAAACAAACAAAGUUGAAUUAUUAGAUUUUGGUGCCUCUAGGCCAUUUCCUGCCGGAUUUGUAACUGCGUAUAGGAAACUGUUAACGUACGCUAGAGAUAUUGACUAUGAAGGAGUUAAGAAAAUGUCUAUUGAAUUAGGAUAUCUAAAUGGCUUGGAAUCAAAAUCAAUGGUGGAUGCUCAUAUAGAGAGUAUUGUUACAUUAUGUGAAGUGUUUAGGGGGAAAGAUACAGAUGUGUUUCCGUUUAGUGAGCAAACAGUCUCUGAUAGAAUAAGAAGCAAUAUUGGAUUAAUGCUAAAUGAAAGACUCUGUCCACCACCAGAUGAGACUUACUCUUUGCAUCGUAAAUUUAGUGGUGUAUUCUUGUUGUGUUCUAGAUUGGGAGCUGACGUUCAUUGUGCGAAACUCUUCAAUGAAAUAUUCUACUUGAAAGACGAGGAAACAGUUACAAAAUAG